AAGUUGCUUAGCAAAGUUUGUAACAAGAUGGCGCUGUUAUCUUCUGCUUGAAUAGCAAUCCCGCAGAGAAAAUUGUAAGAGACAAUUCGUUACGCGGUGAUGGCUAAAAUCCCAGUUUCCUCUGAAGUGAGACGUUUCAGCGAAGGGAAGUAUGGAAGCCGGCCUCAAUCACGUGCUGGUAACAGACCUCCCAGUAGCAGAUCUGUAGACAGUCCCUUACCGGCGUAUACAAACGAUAAGACACAGGCAGCCCAACACAGAACUAAUAUAAUACAAAGUCAACCUCAUGUCAGAGGUAGUUUGUUACGUCGUCAUACUUCAGAGGACAUUUCACAUGGACAUGAGUUUUCAUUAGGUCAUGCAUCAUUUGUUCCACGACCUCCUUCAAGGACCUCUUCAGAAAAAUUAGAAUGUCGACCUAAGUCAGCUAAGGGACGAUUACGCCCCAGAUCUGGACUCAAAAAGGAGAGUAUAGCUUCAAGAGAGAACUUUCAGGUUGUUGGAGAGCAAGCAUCUUUCCCGACACCACUGAGAUCACAAUCAUCAUUUUCAAAGUACAAGCCACUUCCAUCAAUUGGUUCAGGUCAGAAAGUUGAGUCAGACUCAAACAAAUCACAACUUGUUCUGGAAAAGACAUUUGAUAAUAGGGAUGAUAGUGUUUUGCUACAGAAGACAGCUACUCUUUCAUUAGAAAAUUCACUUCCCAAUGAACCAGAUGAUUCAGAACCUGGAAGAAUUCAUCUGGCUAUAAAGUUAUUAGAUGGAUCACGUCAUGAAAGAUGGUUCAGAAACACUGAGACACUUGGCACAGUGCUGGCCUUUGCUCAGUCAUGUAGUGAAGUUAGACUCCCUCUUUGCCAGUUCUUUACCAAUGAGGUACCACGACAGGUUUUUAAUAACUUUGAUGUCAGUCUGACACAAGCUGGUAUAAAUUCAAGAACAGUUCUUCACCUGGAAGACAUAUAAGCAUAACUAAGUGCAUUUUAUAAAGUACUGGCUUGCAAUACAACCUUUUGAAAUUACCAUAUUUUGGAUAAAAGGUGCUUAUGUGGGAAAAUGACAGAAGCACAGUGGCAAAGAAGGUAUGAUACAGGUCUACACACCACAUGAGUAGGAAGGCAAGUACCAUCAUGUACUGUUCAUGAAAUUUUAUCAAGAUUUACAAAUGCAAAUUGUAAAUGAAUGUCAGCCAAGGGGAAGAAGCAUUGAUUUCUUAAUUGGACUAACUUGAAAGGCAGGAAAGUGUGAAAUAUUACUGCAGAAGUCUAAAAUAUCUCCUUCUGCAACUGAUCAAUCAUGACAAUUGAUCAAUCAUUGGGAUUGGCAAAACGGAAGUGGCAACAGUCAUGGUAUUGUGUAGAUUUAUUUAAAAUCAAUAAAAAAAAAUUCUUUUAAGAUAAUGUGUCAAUCAAUUCGAAGCUUCACAUCCCCCUAGGCAACCCACUCCCCGGGCAUCCCUCCUGGCAUUAAAACUUUUGCAUAUUGGUUUGUUCAAAUUCCACCCCCCCCCCCCCCACACAGCAAAGAUUAUGUUCAAAUGCCCUACCCAAAUUUGUUGUAAAAGGCAAAUUCAGCAAUGAUGACUUUUUACACCUCGACUAAGCUUUUAAUCCUAGACUUUGUAGACCUUUCAUUCUGAGCCAUUAACUUGUAAAUGCCUCAAACACCUCCAUAUUUACAGAUAUAACACUUGUACUCUGCUGGAAUGAGUUGACACUUGCUUUUCAAAUUUCCAACCCUCCUAGGUUCAAAUUCCUCACCCCUGAGCACAAACUUUGGUCAAAUGCUUGUGGGGGGAUGUUGAAGCUUCAAAUUGAUCACAGGGCUAUAGUGUCUUAAGUUAUUUAGUAGUUCUAAAUCAAAUUAUUAUAUUUGUGACAAGUUGGUGUUGUAUUUUCUUGUUGGUAAGAUCUCUUUUUGUGCAGAAGCAAUUGAGGUCAAAUUCUGUUGAUAAUUGGUUUGAGUGAUAUUUAUUUGAUUUUAUAAGUUAUGAAAUUCUUACAAAAUCAAAUUAUGGCUAUGCCAUCUGAGGUUCAGUCAACAAGGCUCAAAAUUUCAGAAUUUCUGAGGAGAAAUAAUUUUUCAUUAUGAGCUCUAAGUAUCAUUCAGAAUAAUCAUUAUUUUUACAUUUUGCAAGGAAUUAUGAGUCAGUAUUUAACCUAUGACUCCCAUGACAGACCAAGACAGAAUUUCUCCUCCUAAUAUCACUACAAUAUUAAGCAGACAAGUGAUGAGAAUAUAGGAAAUGUAACUUACAGGAUUAUUAGUUGAUUAUAUACCAAAUUCUCUAAACCAUUAUUUUAAGAAUGGUAAGGCAGACAGUUAGGAGAACUACUUAUGAGAUCUUGAGGUUAAGGGUAAAGUAGUGCACUUUGUGUUCUUUGUAUAGGGGGACAAAACAAGAACUGAAUAUUUAUACUUUGUAAAUAGAAUGUGAGAGAUGGUAAGUUUUGAGCUGGUAAAGGAAUAGAGAGAGAUGUUUUUGUUGUACCAUGCUCGUGACAAGACUAUGAAAUUUUAUAUAUAAUCAUGUUAUUUAUUCCAUCAAACAAUUUGUUCUGUUUGUGCCUGAUUACUUCCCAUGCUUCCUGUGGCUGCAAAAAUGCAUGUUAUUUGUCAGAGGACAGUAAUAAUCUUUUCAUUCUUUCAGAAAAGUGUUUGCUUUUCAGAUUAGACAGUGUGUGUAGAGAUAUUAUUGAAGCCUAUAAUCCAUCAAAUAUUUUUGCUAAUUUUUUUUGGUCUAAAAGCAUCAUGUGAUCAAAUAUGCCCUAGCUAAAACUGGGGAAUAUCUGGUGAUAUACCCCAAGUGAUAUUUACCAAUUUUCAAACUUUAUGUCCAAUAUGAUAAAGGUCUUCAUACAAAAUUCAAUCAAUAUAGAAGAUUGUUUAGCUGUUAUUAAAGUAGAAAGGACAUGCCUGGUUGUUCAUUAAGUCAUGCCAGAGAACACAGAGAAGAAAAAGUAACAUGCAACAAACAGUGUGGUUGUUUGUAAACAUUUUUCUAGUGCAUUGCAAAAAUAUUUGAUGGGUAAUAAACACAGAAGCCAUCAUUUGGAGCAAAAAUUUUGCGCUUGUAUUUGUUGUUGGAAGUUAUCUGUUCAUUGAAGUUUGUAAUUUUUUUUUGGCUUUGCUAUCCGGAAACUGUUUGCAUUUUAGAACAGAUCAUGUCUGCUGACAAAUAUCUGUUGAUAUAUUAGCACUGAGUGGAGGCUGUUGUUUAUAAAUUGUUUUGUCUAUAUACUUUUUUUUUUCAGGACCAAGUGUAGGAUAUUGUCUAAGUCUCUCUGAAAUAUUCUUUUUGCAUUAAAUUUUGUAAAUACCAACAGAAAUACCCUUAAUUUAUUGGUUAACAGAAAAUUCAGUUUAAUUUAUUCAGUUGAGUAGCAAAU